UUUUGACAGCCCAAAUAUUCGAUAGCAAAAAUGACGUGGAGAGAUAGGUUAUAAGUUUGUUGUCGAUAAAUUAACUAAUUUAAUAGUUAAUUAGGAACCUACUUCAAUAAUUAAAGUAAUAACAAUUAAGUAUUAAUCACGAUGAUUGAGAUAAGCGAUGUACAAAAGAUUGGUGUGGGGCUGGCAGGGUUUGGCAUGGCCUUCCUGUUUCUAGGAGUUCUACUGCUCUUUGACAAGGGCCUGCUAGCUAUAGGAAAUAUCCUAUUCAUCAGUGGUCUAGCCUGUGUGAUCGGGCUCCAGCGGACAUUCUUCUUCUUCUUCCAACGGCACAAGAUCAAGGCAUCUGUGGCAUUCUUCGGAGGCAUCACUAUAGUGCUGUUGGGCUGGCCUAUGGUGGGCAUGAUUGCUGAGAUCUACGGGUUCCUACUACUGUUCAGAGGUUUCCUGCCAGCCGCCAUCAACUUCCUCCGAAUGGUGCCCGGGUUUGGUCUGCUGCUCAACCUGCCUAUCAUAAGUGGGGUCGUCAACCGGAUAGCGGGCGACAACGGGCGAAACAUGGUAUGAUAGUGUGUUACCAAAGACUGCUAGUGUCGGACUGUACAUAUGGGUGUGCGGAUAUAUAUGAGGGCCUGGCAAAGUGACAAUCUUAUAGAAAACGCCAAUCGAAACGUAAAUAACGAGCCCCCUCGCGAGAAAAUUGCCGCGCGAAGCAGCUCGGUCGGCGGAGAACGGCCCGAGCCAUUGCGGUCGCGAGUGCGAUUACUUGGCCCGAGGCACGUCUACACAGACCGAGCUCUUACGCGGCAAUUUCCUCACGAGGUGGCUCGUUCUGUGUGGACCCGGCUAAUAAUGCUCACGUGACUUUUCAUUUGCAUCUGUCGGUUUUCGAUAAACGAUAGUCAUCUUGGCCACGGCAUCUGAUCGUUCAAGACCGAGACCGGGGGCUGGUUACAUUUUGGUGCCCGUGACCAGGAUACUUAAAUAAAUGUUCUUAAAUUUAUUACUGUACCAUUUUCCUUUUAAUUUUGUAUUAUUGUUCGGUUUCGGUUAUGGAUGUGUCAGUGGGAUUUGAUUCUAAAUAUAUAACAUUAUAAUGCAAAUUUAUAUGUGGUGUUAUAAUACUAUAAAAUAAGUGUUAGGUAUGAAAUCAAUUCCUUGUGAAAUAGUCGAUAAUGAAUCGCGAUAUUAUUGUGUACUACUCGCUUUGAUAGUAUCGUUUCUACUUCUGAUCUGUGGAUAAAACAUCAUUCACGUUUUGGAAAUAAUGUAAUCAGUAAAGAGACAAAAGUCAUAUCCACUGCGAUAAAAAUAUUGAAAUGAUCAUUGCGCCGCUUAAAGGUAUAAAAGUACUGCUAUCGUGUGAAAUACUAAUUAACCGAUUAUCUUUAUGUCCUGGUUCUGAAUGUUCUGAUACUACUGUGUCAGUAGUCUGUAGUCACUUUACGAGUACGACGUACGAGUUUUGGUAGAUAAUACAAUAUCGUCAGUAAUGUCGUCAGGUCUCCCAACUAUCUUAUUUAAAAUAUUGGUAUGAUAAUAUUAUAAAUUAUUUCCAUACAUUUAGUUCUAAUAUAUAACAUGUUGUAACAAUCAUUUAAAUAUGAAUUCGUAAGAACUGAGCAAAUAUGUAAUUUUUAACCAAAAUUUUCAUAUUAUGGCGCAAAAUCUUGUGAAUUUAUGUUGUAGAUUUGAAUAUCAACAAAGGUAUAAUCUCUUAAAUUGGAAGUACCCAUAGUUUUUGCUUCGCUAGGGAUGCUAGCUUUGCUAUAUAUUUGUGUAUAUAUUUAUACAUUACCGGUUCAAAGUACCUACCGAAUCCAACGAAUAAUCUUCAAUCGUUCGAUUAUGUUUAUUUUGGGUGCAAACACAGUUAAAACCUUAUUUAUACAAGUUAUACAUAUUAUACUCAGUAUAUCAAAUUUCAUAGGUAUUUUCAUUCGAAAAUGUAGAAAAUGGUUAUGGUUUGUAUGUUUAAAAGAAUAACGGUUAGUGUUCUUUUUGUUUCUUUUUUUCAUCUAAAUUAAGAGUACAGUUUCUUUUUGUUAUAGGCAUUAUUUAAGUUAAGAACGUGGCAUUACUAAAUUAUAGUAAUAUAUUAUAUUUUCCAUUAGAAACUUGAAGUAAUAAUAAAAAUUCAACGUGAUUAUAAAAUAAAAACCAAAUUUUUAAAAUGCCCUAUUACUUCCCUUCUACUAUUAAAUGUAUGCUUGACUUUUUACUAGAUAUUUUUUAUAAAUGUAAAUAUACUUUUAAAAUGUGUCUCUUUGGCCAUGGAAUAGGUAUUGUGAAUAUUAUUUUAGUCAUAAUUCUAGGUAACCUUUUAAAUAAUAUAAUUGUCUUACAAA